CAGGAACGCCCGGAAGUGCUCAAGGAAGAACAGAGCAGCUGUUUUUUAGUGCUUUGAGCUUGAACUGCACUGAAUGAGGCAACGGAUGCAAUGUGUCACCAACCAGCACACACUGUUACUGUCAUGCACUGCUGUGUCCGAAGCCUGACAGCAACCCAAGCACCUGUGGUACAAUGAAGAACUGCAGUGUUUGCUUUGGGCUGGCACUACUGUAGUGCAGAAGUAACCUUCCAUUUUCGCAGUAGAUAUUUUUAACUUGAAAGUUGUUUUGCUGUUGCUUCAUUUUAACUUUGCAGAGAGGAGAUGUGUUGUAGGAAGGCUUGCAAAUGCCUUGGUUUGAGCUGUGAAGGUAUGACAUGCGCUGUGCUGUUCUGAGACUGAAAAAUCAGACACUCAGCUACUGGAUAGUAUCAAAGUUAACAAGUACAACGAUAACUCUGUGCCUCCUGUGUAUUUGUGAGUAUAUUUUUAGUCAUGUUGUGUGCAUUGUUUUAUUUUUUCUAGCAACACCUUUCCUUGUUUGUUGUGCAGAAUGAAAGGCACUGAAGGUCUUUAAGCAGCCAAGAUGCCCAUCCGUGUGGAUCAAAUGAUGCAACUGCUUUGCCGUGUUGCUCAGGAGAAGGGAAUGACAGCGGCUGUCCAGCACUCUGGUGAAGGAGCACUCCUGGUGGGCAUAACUGCGUUUGUUGGCGGUUUGCUUGGAGGUCCGCGUGGCAUCGCUGUAGGAGGAGCACUUGGUGGACUGCUUGGUGCCUGGAUGACCAGUGGACAGUUCAAGCCAGUCCCUCAGAUUUUAAUGGAGUUGCCUCCUGCGGAGCAGCAGAAACUCUUCAAUGAAGCCGUCGCAAUAGUCAGGGACAUAGACUGGAUUGAUGUUUUUCAGCUGACUGUACUUGUAAUGGGAAGUGGUGACCUUAAGUUUCUGCUGGCAAAAGCAGUGGAAAGGUUCUUAGUCAGAGAGCUAAAUGCACAGAUAAAGUAUGAAGAAUAAACCUUUUUGGGCCUGGUUUCUAGAUUAUGUUGAAUUUUGCUUUGACAACUGUGAUUCUCUGAUGUAGCAAUUAUUUGGAUUAGGAUUGUCAUUGUAGCUUUCAUUUCUCAGCUGAUUCUGAAUAUUCUGUUUUCAUUUUAAAAAAAUCCUAAAAAGCAUCACAAUGGUCUCUGUUUUGUUUUGGAGAAAAGGAAUUGAUUGAAGAAGUGGGCACUUAGUAUCUCAGCCAAUUUUUCACUCUUUAUUUCAAGGCAAUGAGGAAGCUAUUUAUUAGGUUUGAUUACACAGUCCUUCUUGGGUGGAGGCAUGUACCUAUUUUCAGAAUGGUAGCAACAUGUUUGUGACAAGGUUUGCACACUGUUUUGAAACUGUUGAGUGCAGCCCUCUUCUAUUGUGUUAAGAUCACCACAAUUUUUGCCUUUUAGGUUUAUCAGAGGAUUUGGGCAUUAAAUAACUGUUCAGCAGAUUUGAUCGUAAAGAACUGCUCAAGAAUGCAUUAAUAUUCCUCUGUUACUCUUCUUUGGUACCAAUGUGGCUGUCUGCCACUGUAUCCCAUGGUACUGGAAACAGCUACAGGCAGGGGAGAGUAUCUAGUGAAAUCCAUCCAGUUGCAGUGUCCAGGUUAAGUAUGAGAUAGAGCCAUCACCUAGGAAACAAGGUAAAGCAGUGCCAGCAGUUUUAGGAAGCAACUAGAAUUGUGGCUAUGGGGAGAUGUACAAACUUAUAUAAAUAAUCCAUCUGUGAUGGAUUUUAUUAUUAAUUUUGUUCGGUUGUAGAUGUGAAGAUGUGAAGAAUCAAGCUAGAUUUUCACUGGCAGGUAGUGUAUUUUUAGAUAUUUUUUUUCCUAACUGUCUGGUUUAAAAAUGGAAAGCAAACAUGAUUAUAAAUAGGUAUGUUAGCAUAGAGAGACUAUUUUUAUUUACUUGCUUUAUUAUUUAAUGGCAACCCAGAAUUCCAACAUAGAUUAGUAAUUGAGAUCUGCCAUCUAGUGGCAAGUAGAUUAAUUCUUAAAUUCAGCCUAUCAGGGCUGCCUCUGUGGAUAACACAGCUGUGUUUUUCUGUGAAAAGUUGGGGUAAAUGAAAUUGUAUUAGAUUACAAAUAUCAAUCCACCUAUAACUAGCACUCAUGUGCACUCAUUUGCAUUCCCCUGCAAAGAGGCUUUUUUAAAUGAUCAUUAUCAUAAUUGGGCUGUGACUGCACAAAUUUUUGCUGCAGCUGCAUGACAGUUUUCACUGUGGGAGAAAAUGUGUAGUCAGGAGAAGGAGGACAGUUUGUGUUUUUUUGUUGUGGCAGCGUUCAGGGAUUCGCAGUGCAAGGCAAGUGUUUGCUAUGAAAUCCAAAGAAGUUGCAAAGCAAUGUGGAGAUGCCAAAGGCUGAUCUUGAGUUUACGGCUGGAAAUGAGAACCUAGACAGCAAUUUCAGUCUGCACACAAGGUAGAGCUAUUUUGAACCUCAAACUUGAGGUUCUGCAGGGUAUGUGCGUCCCCACACACGAGGGUCUGGUGGCUCUUAGCUCUGAUUGUUUAGUUGCCAUGUCAGCAAUAACCUUUCACUCUGGUACGCAAAGUAACACAGAUCAGCAUCACGUUGGCUGUUUCCUAAGGACAGGUCCCUGUUCUUCCAGGAUUGCACACCUGCAGCUGUGCAGGGCUUUGCUGGUGAAGGAUAAGCACAAACCUGAGUCUCCAUCUUUCUUUCAAACGCAACUUGUGAGCUGCUGACAGGAAGGAGGGCUGAAUAUCUGUCUGUAUAGGGUUUCUGACCUUCUGGAGGGAAAAAUAGUGGCUACAUUUCCUCUAGAUGCAAGGUCCUUCCCUGCCUGUGCUGUAAUUACCUUCUCACUUUGAACAAAAGAGUGAUUUGGAGAAGAGCUGUGCUGGUUGACUUAGGGCAGCUUAAGAAAGCUGAUUAAUCUGCUAUGGCAGUAAUUUGCUGGAUGAUUUGAUCAGUAAUUCAGCUCCCCAGUGAGAUGCUUCAAGGUGAGAUGGCAGUGACAAUACCAAGCUCCUGGUGGAGGGCUGUGAGACAUGACAAUUACCUACAGAAAAAAUGGGGUGUGAUAGUAUCAGCACUGAGUUAUUAUUUAUUAUUAUUUGACUAUUUCUUACCAUGUUUGAAAUUUCUCUAGUGGUGUGAUACCAUCUACCAUAGUCUGAUUAUAGGCCACUGUGCUCUAGCAGAACUGCAUUUCCCUUUUACAGUUUACACUCCAGUGCUCCUUCCAUAUGUGCUUCAGUGCAUCAUGACAUGGGUGAGUUGGAAUGGCUGCUUUCUCCUACUCCUGAUAACACCCAUCUCUCUUAGGGAGGAAAGCUCAUGCUCCAGAGGACUCAGGUGUGCUAGGUUAGCUCUUCUUUGGAAGAGACAUUCUAUUAAAUACACGUAAUAUAAAAAGCUACUGAGUUUGUAUUUCAGAUAACAGCUAUUUGGUGACUAAACAUCAUGACUGUCUAGGUGAUGAUGGUUAAUAUGUCUUUUCUCCUUUUUAGUUGGUGUAUAGGAAAUCUGUUACGAAACUCAGAGAAAGAUCUUGUGAAAGGGAAUGGUGGUUGUAUUAUUCAAAGUCACUAAGCAAAUUGAUUUUAGACAGUCAUACUCUCAUGACAAAUCUGUUCAAAUGAUCUGACUGGGAUUGCUUGCAUUUAACAUGAAGGAUAAGUCAAAUCCUCACUUCAUCUCUUGGAUUCUUCUUGAUUGCCCCAAAAUGAAUUAUUUUUUUAAAAUCCCUUGGAAUAUCUUUGACAGUAAUUCACUGUUGUCUUUCUGUAAGCUUUUCUGCAACCCAUUAGUCUGAGGGGCUAACAGCAGAAGGAAUGGCAUGUGUGAUUUGCUAUAACCUCUGCUAUUGUCCUCGUAUCAGAAUGCAGUGUUUCCUGUGAACAAGAUGCUUGUGCUGUGGUCUUAUCAGAGAAGGGUCUUCUGUUGGGCUCAGUAGGAACAGCACAUUCCUCAACUUGAUGAAAUGGGAUCCCUCAUUAUCAAUGUAGGCUUCUUUUUUGAUUAUUGUUUUGGUGCUUUCACAUACCUAUUUCCAGCCAUAUAUAAUGUAUACCGAUUUAAAUAAUUUAGUCAAAAAUUAUGCCAUUUCAUUUAGAAUUUUUUUUCUUUCUUCCCAUUUUUUGUAUUGCAGCAGAUUCAGUAGCAAUAACUAGUGAAAUAUGGGCAGAUCUGUGGGGUUUAUGCUACACAGAUGCAGGGUAGGACUCACUAAAUUCUGUCUGUACUAGCAGGAUAGAAGCAACAGCACAGCCAGAUGGUGACUACUGGUAAUAUAAAAGCAAUGCAUUUUUGCCCCAGAGUAAAAGAUCUUAUGGAGAAAGCAAAAGCUUCUUAGGCUGUCAUUGCUUGGCCAGUUGAUGUAUAUUACUCAAGACUAAUUGAAUAGCAGACCUUCAUCAGAGUUGGAAAGCUUUAAAAAAAAAAAAGUCUUCCUAUUGCAGUGAACUAAAGCUAUUAGCCCCUAAUUAACACAUGGGGUUUCAUCUUUACCUUUCUAGAGAUCACAGAAAUCUAUGUAUUUUUCAGGCUGCAAGCCAGAAAUCAAACAUUCAUUACAUAAUUGCAGUAAGUCUGAGCUAAUACUUCUCAUUAAGUAUGAUUUAUGAAUUCCAAAAGAGCCUAAGAGAUAAAUACAUAAAAAUUAUUCUGAAGUCUGCAAAAAUGAAAGCAUUCAUUUCUUUGGAUGAUUGUGCAGCAAGAAUGAUUUAGGCAAACACGAACAUUCGGUAAGGACAUGGUAUUUAAAUAUCUGUACUUUUGUGAUGCUCUCAAAGUGGUGUGAUUUCAUCUAAUUUUGCUGCUGCUCUUUCAGCAAAGAUGAUGUUCUACCCAGAGAAUCAACCAGUGCAGGCAGAAUCAGUCUCCCACGGAUCAACAUUCCCUUGGAGCUGCAGGAGAUGGGCACCUGCCAUGAUGCAGUUUGUGAGCCAGUGGAUAAACCUAUUUUAUUUUUAGAAUUACAGGUUAAUUUUAAGCCCACCAGUAACAGAUUUUCCGAAGUAAUAAACUGAAGACUUGCUCCCUACAGAGCGGUGAAGAAAAGAUGCAACAGCUGAAUGUGGUAGUUGGGCUUGGGACAGAUGGCGUGCAAGAGCAAAUGCUCCAGGUCUCCUCCCCAUCUCCCACAUAGAAGAGGAGCUGCAGUCCUCAUGGGCUCCCUGCAUGGGUGCGUGCUGGAUUGGGCAUUGUGAGUCUCCACAUUUCACAGAGAAGCUGCCCAGAAGGGAACUCGCAGCAGAGAACAUUGCUCUGUUCUGUGGAGCUGCAGGGGUUCUGUGCUUCUGCCCUUGCUCCGUGGGAACCCUGACUGCACUAGCAAAAUGAAGGAAGGCUGUUAGCUGUCUCCUACUUCAGUGAUCCUGCAGCAGUUCUCUCCCAGGGCGUGUAGCAUGGUUCCUCCCUUAGCUGGUGGUGCAGAUGCCCAGAGCUGCACCAGGCUGCAGGGCUGAGGGCUGGGAGAGCCCAUCCUCUCAGGGAAGGAGCAGCUGCUGGAAUCAGGUAAGCACAUUCACUGCAAUUUCAUAUUCCCACCACACCCCUCCAAUCAGUCUUUGCUAAAAAGCACUAAUUAAGACUUGAGCAUUUUUGAUUCCAUCAGUUUUCUGUUCUUUUCUUUAUUAAAUAGAUGUACUGGAGGGAGCUUGACUAAUAACUGCUCAAAGUUUAAGGAUAAUGAAUCAAUGGACUUGGGCAGCCUCUGGCUAAGCAUGAAAUUUACCAUGGAGUAACAAAUGCAGCAGAGGCAGCUCAUACAUUAACCAGCCCAGUUCUGACACACAACUUUGGGGGCACGUUAUUUAUUUUCUUAGUAAUGCCACAUGAGACGUGUGGAACGUCCAAAAUGUUUUACGGAAGAAGUGGAGAAAUGGCACAGUUAGUUUCCUACAUUCUGUGUGUGUGCACCCCUCCAUCACCCACCUUUCCCUUCGGUGUGUUGCGUACCUGGCAGUAGGCAAUUCUACUUUUUCCUUGCAAGGCCUUGGCAUCUUGAAGGUGAUCCAUGUGGUGUAAAAUCUGCUUUUGUUCCACUUAUUUUUACAUGUGCAUGGCUCUAACAUUAGAUCUAUUAUGCUGUUGUAAAUCCAUUCAUUUUUGUUGGAAUCCAUUAACUUGCAGUGAAUUUAUAGCAGUAUAACUGUGAGCAAACUAUGGCUGAUGGCACAGGCUGGAAAUAUUACAAGGAAAAGUGCAAAGUUCUAUUGAUUUUCUCUCAGGAAAAAUGUGUGUUUCCUUAUGAUUAUAUUACAGAUGACUCAGCUCUGGCCCCUCGCAGCCAUCGCUCACGCUUCCCAGCUCAGCCGUUGCUGGCAUUGCAGGCGUGCUGUCUCCUGCUGCAAGGAGCAGGGGCCAGGGGCUGCCUCCCCCCGCUGCCUGGGGACACGGCCAGGCCACUGCCAGUGCUGGGGGAGCUCCUGCCUGGCUCCGUGCUGGUCUGCUCUGUCCCUCGACGGCUCUGCAGUCCGAGCACUCGCUCCUAAUCGAUUCUGACAGCAGACACCAGUAGGAAUGCUGAGAUUUAUGAAAGAGCAAGAAUUGCCACUAGCCUCUGUCCAUUAAGGGUACAGCAAAAACUGCCUUUGCCCUUUGUAAAUAUAAUCAGCAGAAGUGAGGCAGCUGCCCUUUUCAGAAAAGCGAGUGCUCAGGACAGAUGUUUUAGCAAAAGCCCUUAAUGCACUCACAGGCAAUAAGGCUACCAAUUCUGUACUUCUUUUCCAACAAAAUUUCGCUCAUUCUUUUGAGUGCUCCUGGAAGACCAAAUUGCAUACCAAAGUUGCAGCCUCCCUUUUCAGCUUGUUGUUUCCCCAAACAUAGACUGAGUAUUGGCAAAAAAAAAAAGCUGAAUGAAAUGUAGAAGCAAAGACCCCAAAACCUGGAGGACUCCUUCCAUGUGUUUUUGAAUGUUGAGGCAGCUUCUCUUGGCAAGGCGCUCUCUUGUCGAAGUUCUGUUUGCUGGGAAUGAGUAACCUCUGUAUGUGUGUUCCUCAGUGGAAGGAAAAGCAGCCUGCUGCUCUUGUUAGAUUUCUCAUCAGAGCCUCAGGUUGUUGUUCAGUAGUGCUGAGGUUGUACUGUGAGUGAAUGAGAAUACAGGAAUUGUUAUUCCUGCAGCAGCAUACAAUUCUGAUCUCAGAGAACAGUGCUACACUUAGUUGCAGAUUUAAUACUUUUUUGCUUUCAGUACGAUUAAGAUCAAAAGGAUCUUGUUAAUUCUACUCCUUUUGCUGCACACAACUUCCACAUUCUGUCACAUGCCUACACAGGUAACAGUCUACAGUAUGAGGGGAAUGACAAAUGCGAGAUAACGCAUUUCCUCCCAGAUUUGCUGCAAAGCACGCAGUAUGCAAUUCAAGAAAUAACACAGCCUGUUUGUUAGUGAUGAAACAAAAGUAUCAGGGCAAAGCAACUGAUCUCAUUACCAACAGACCACACUGAGGUACAGUCAGAAUGAAUAAAAGCAUCACUGUUAACUCCUAGACAGGCUCUGCAACUUCAAGUUUCAGCUGUUUAUUCAGAUAAAUUUAGACAGAUGUAUUUCUUCCUCUUGUGGAAAAAUUUGUUAGGGUUUUUUCUCUUAGAAGGAAGGCAGGUCACUGAGAAAUACUUACUGCCCUUGAGAAAAAGCAGCAGGGAUGAGCUCACCAGGACACACAGUUCAAACCUGGGCAGGUUUCCCUUCCAUCACCAGCCAUUACUCAAAAGCUCCGUGCUCCUGUGACAUGGCAGGCUCCAUGCAGAGCCCCGCCUUCAGCGGUUGUCCUUGAACAAGUUUCCAGACAAGGAUUAAACGUCAGAGUUAAUUGUGGCAGGGACCAGCACUCCAGUCUUUUUCUACCUGCCGUUUCCUUUCACGCUGUGAAGCGCUCACCCUGCUCUGCACACACGGGCAGGAUGGAGCUGGGCACCAGCUCACACGGGCACCUCCCGGCUCGCAGCAGAUAUCUCCCCACGUCCUUCUGUACAGCACUUCUGCUUUCAGUGAGAUGAUGAUGGAUUAUUCCCCAAUCCGGAGGAUACAACAGGAAUUAAGAGGAUGAAAAUUCUUAUAAAAAAAUUUAUCACCUGCAGAUCCCUACGGUGAGUCCGCCCCAGAGCAGGAGGGCUUCUCAUUGUGCCAGUGCAGCAGCACGCAGGGAACACAGACGUGUUUUGGUCUCACACUUAUGAGAUGUGGGCAGCACAAGUCCCUCACUAUGACUGGCAAUCCUAGGAAAAGCAAAUGCUGACCAUCUGAGAAACUGAAACCCCCUUCCUAUCCUCUCCUAGAAGGGGAGCAUGAGCUGAGGCAGCCAGCAUGUCCUGCUUUUGCUCCACGCCUUCUGCUGACAGUCUGCUGGCACCGUACCUGUCUCUACCAUUUCCACAAUUAAGGUCCUUUCUAGAAUGCCACAUAAAUGACAGGACAAGAACCACAGUCAGGCACAGGAGAUUUCAAAGUGCUUCAAUAAAUGCAGCUAAAGAAAGUUGUGAUUCCUUGCCAGGUUAUCCCAUUAUACACAAAACAACAGGCAUUUUGAACAAAAAUUAAUUAACUCUAUUUACUGUAGAAAAGCAUUUGGUUCAUAAGAACAAACUCUUGCUAAGAAAAAGUACACAACUAUGUAAUCCUAAAAAACUGAAUAUAUUUUAAACCACUACUGGAACAAAGUCUGAACAAAGUUCCAGAAGAACUUACUUACCUUGGAAGUGUCAGGCUGGCACACAGAGCCCAUGAUGUGCCCCAGCUCCCCAGCAGCCCACAGCAGUGGCCGCACCGUGCUACAGCUGCAGCACACAGCGGCACGGGGCCGUGCGAGUGCAGCCAGUUCAUCUGCUGGGCACCACCUCUCCUCGGCUGUGCUGGGACGAGUUAGGGAAUGGGACACAGCCACAAAUCCUCCUCAGAACAAUGGGAAAGUCACACACAGCUGCAGAAACUUUAUUUCAAAAUCUUUUUAUUCAACUGUUAUUCAGCAAUAUACAAUACAGUUUAUAAACAAAUGUCUUACCUUGUUUCCAAUCUUCAUUUAAAAAUAAAUAUUAUCAGCAGUGCCUAUUAAUUAUGGUAAGAUGUACCUUUUCAAUUAAAAUGUCUCCAAAAGAAAUAAUUUAAUUAAAAAAAAAAAAAGAAAAAAAGAAAAAGGAAA